CUCUGGGGCACGGGCGCUACGGGCGUCGUCCCUUCAGUGGACGGUUAGAGAAAGAUGUUAACCCACCUGUCCUUCCUGUUCGCAGCUGUGAGCUUUCCACAGAAGACAAACUCUGUACACAAUAAACAAGAAAUCAGAUAAAACUACUUGACAAAAAUGACUUCUUGUCAUGUUACUGAAGAUCCUAUAAAAAAGGUUGCUAUCUUUGGAGGAACUCAUGGGAAUGAGUUAACAGGAGUCUUUCUAGUUAAGCACUGGCUGGAGAAUGGCACUGAGAUUCAGAGAACGGGGCUGGAGGUAAAACCAUUUAUUACCAACCCAAGAGCAGUGACGAAGUGUACCAGAUAUAUUGACUGUGACCUGAAUCGAGUUUUUGACCCUGAAAAUCUUGGAAAAAAAAUGUCAAAGGAUUUGCCAUAUGAAGUGAAAAGGGCUCAAGAAAUCAAUCAUUUAUUUGGUCCAAAAGACAAUGAAGAUCCCUACGACAUUAUUUUUGACCUUCACAACACUACUUCUAACAUGGGGUGCACUCUUAUUCUUGAAGAUUCCAGGAAUGACUUUUUAAUUCAGAUGUUUCAUUAUAUUAAGACUUCUUUGGCUCCGGUACCCUGCUACGUUUAUCUUAUUGAGCAUCCUUCCCUCAAAUAUGCAACCACUCGUUCUAUAGCCAAGUAUCCUGUUGGUGUAGAAGUUGGUCCCCAGCCUCAAGGGGUUCUGAGAGCAGAUAUUUUGGAUCAAAUGAGAAAAAUGAUCAAACAUGCUCUUGAUUUUAUACAUAAUUUCAAUGAAGGAAAAGAAUUCCCCGCCUGUGCUAUUGAAGUCUAUAAAGUAAUGGAGAAAGUUGAUUAUCCCAGGAAUGAAAAUGGAGAUAUUGCUGCUAUUAUCCACCCUAAUCUACAGGAUCAAGACUGGAAACCGCUGCACCCUGGGGAUCCUGUGUUUCUAACUCUUGAUGGGAAGAUUAUCCCGUUGGGCGGAGGCAGUACCGUGUACCCAGUGUUCGUAAACGAGGCCGCGUACUAUGAAAAGAAAGAAGCUUUUGCAAAGACAACCAAACUAACACUCAGCGCAAGAAGUAUUCGCUCCUCUUCACAUUAGGAACCACUUCUAGCCCACCUGUUACACGGUAUCUUGAAAAACCCUACUGCUUUGUAAGCUCUCGAAGGGCAAGACUGUGCCUUCUUCACCUUCAUAUCCCUAGCACCUAGUCCAGUGCCUUAUAUACUGUGGGCAUUCAGGCAAAUUUUCUGAAUGAAUGAAUGAAUUAAUGAGUAUCUUUUCAAAGUAUCCUACUGGACUCGUAGCUUAUUCAAAGAAGUGCAUUUCUUAUUUCUGUAUAGCUUUUUAUAUAUUAUACUUUGAUAGUUUAACAUUCUUAAUAAAGAGGCUUUAAAUUCAAAUUUCAAAACUGAAAUGGAUACCAUAUUUUAAAAGUCAUUAACUUGAGCAUAGAAUUAAAUGUGUUUUCAGCAUAAAUGCUACUAGAAACUAAUGAUGCAGACUUGUGAUUUUUAAAUUUUUCAUAUUUGAACUAAUGAUAAUAUAUUAAGCAUCCCAUCUGUAACUUUAGCAAUAGUUGUGAUAUCCAUAGGAGAUUUGUAACUGCUCUUUUGAAGAUGAAAUGUGAACAAGAGUGAGGGCUGAUUAUAAAGGUGACAUUAGGAAUAAAUCAAGGACCUCACUGGUUCUUUGCCUGCAGACGGACGGUCGCCCACACAGCAUGGCUGCCCGACGGCUGCCCAAUGUGGCCCCUUGUUCUGACCUCGGGGAGGGGGGCCUCUUCCAGACGUCUCACUCGGCCCUUAGGAAGCUAACAUCCUUCCCAACUUGGGAAAACCUGGAAGAAGCAUAUUCCUUCCAACGGUUGCUUCUCAUUCUGAAGGAACGCUCUUUGCCCUUCCUCCCCGCUGACACGUGAGGUCUUGGGCUCCUGCAGCAGAGGCGGUAAAGACAGAAAUGGCAGGCGGCAGUACACACUAAUGCGACCCAAAACCACGUCUCUGGUUCACAGAUGCAUCCUUUCGAGAAAGUGCCCGUGAUCUAAGUGCCCACACCCCUCCCCAGCCACGAUUCUUCUCCUCAAGGUCUUUGGGCUGAAACCUUGCCUCCCUCUCCCUCCAGCCGCUGCAGGGGCCUCCCUGCCUCCCCUCUUAGGCCCCAGUGACCAAGUAUGGAGCAUUUCUAUCCUAUGAUUUGGACCCCAAGGAGCCCAUGUUUAUGGUUACAAAUGUAUGUACCAAAAUCAUACUACUGUUAUCUGAGACAAAGAUGUAUGUAAAUAUCUCCUUUUCCAGGAGAACCCCAGUAAGCUAAUGUCAUUUUCAUAUUCAGUGUUUGAUAAAGCACAAAUAAACUUGAUAAAGCACAAAUAAACUGUUUCUAAACUUUUCAGCACCAAUAUUUUUGUACUUUGCCAAAAUGAUUUUUAUUGGAAUAAACUCUCUUCCUUCUGAA